CCCCCGUUUUCUCCCUUCUUUUUCUGCUUUCACUCCUCGCUUCCAUUCGGUGGACAACAUGGCGACAAGAAACAAAAACUCGAGUUCAACAGAGGAAAAACACGAGGGAGAGGGAGAGGCAUCAGUUUCAAAGAGAAACAAAGAUGAUAAGAAGGAGAUGUUUAUAGAAAGCUACAAAGUGGAGGGAUUGUCCAUAGCAGGCCAUGAAACUUGCAUAAUUUUCCCAUCUCUUAAUUUAGCUUUUGAUAUUGGUCGAUGCCCAGAUCGUGCAAUCUCUCAAGAUUUUCUCUUUAUUUCCCACGCUCACAUGGAUCACAUUGGAGGAUUGCCCAUGUAUGUUGCAACCAGAGGCCUAUAUCGUAUGAAGCCCCCAACAAUUAUUGUUCCAACUUGUGUAAAAGAAAAUGUGGAGGAACUAUUUAACGUUCAUAGAAGAAUGGACCAUUCUGAGCUCAAUCAUAACUUGAUUGGUUUGGAUGUGGGGGAAGAAUACUGCUUGAGAAAGGACCUUAAAGUAAAAGCUUUUAAGACUUACCAUGUUAUACCGAGCCAGGGUUACAUAGUUUACUAUGUAAAACAAAAACUCAAGCAGGAGUAUUUAGGCCUUCCUGGUCCUGAGAUUAAGAAAUUGAAGUCGUCAGGCACGGAGAUUACAAAUACUAUUUCAACACCUGAAGUUGCCUUUACUGGAGAUACAAUGUCAGACUUUAUUGUUGAUGAAAGUAAUAUUGAUGUUUUAAGGGCAAGGAUUCUCGUAAUGGAGAGCACCUAUGUUGAUAACUCAACAACUGUGGAGCAGGCAAGAGAUUAUGGACACACUCAUCUCUCUGAGAUAGUUAAUUAUGCGGACAAGUUUGAGAACAAAGCAAUUCUUCUGAUUCACUUUUCAGCUCGUCAUACAUUAGAUGAAAUACAAGGAGCCGUUUCUGCAUUGCCUCCGCCUUUGGCUGGCCGUGUGUCUGCACUUACUGAAGGUUUUAACAAUAGGAGAAAUUGAGACUUGAAAGCUUUUCUUAAUCGGGCGUAUUUUGCAUUGUGGCAAACCAUAGAAGCAGCUGCCCUUCAUCUGAUGGUUGCAUAAAUCUCUACUGCUGAAGACCAACUACAAUGGGAAUAAAGAUUAAAGGAAAGCUAUUGGUAGCUGUAGUCAUUUCAGCACAAUUCAAAGUUCUUAUAAGUUAGUGCAGGAACAUGUAACUGGUAGCUAUUUAAUUUUUGUCUACGGUGGAGUUCGUUCACAAAAUAAUUUACUAUUUAUUUUUCAUAUUCGGAAUGAUUAAGUCUUUUGAUAGUGCAAACACAGAACAGGCAUUUUAAGUUUUUAAACAA